AUGUCAAGAGGAAGCAGCGAUGUCACAGAGGGAGCAGCGAUGUCACAGAGGGACAGCGUCAAGAGAGGACCAGACUCCCACUGUGACAGCGGAAAGAGUGCUUCAGGGAACCAGACCCACGGGAACCCGGCCCACGAAGGCGCCAACAGAGAGAAGGCCAACUGGACCCUCCUCAUCAAGCGGGAACCCGGCCCACGAAGGCCCAACAGAGAGAAGGCCCAACUGGACCCUCCUCAUCAAGCGGGAACCGGCCCACGAGGGCCCAACAGAGGGAAGGCCAAACUGAAGACCCUCCUAAUCAAGCGGGAACCCGGCCCACGAAGGGCCCAACAGAGAAGGCCAACUGGACCUCCUAAUCAAGCGGGCCCGGCCACGAAGGUCAACAGUGUACCCGACAGAGACCUUCAACGCAACGUUGUCUGCUGGACGGAGAAAGAAGCUCUGCGGCUGAACAUUGUCAUGAAAGAUGAAGAGGAGGAUGUUUCCGUAAAAGGAGAGGAAGAAGCUUUCAGAAUGAAAGAGGGGGAUGAGGAGGCUAUCAGUAUCACGUUUAAAGAAGAGGAGAAGACCGUUCAAGAGAAGAGGAGACUGAAGAUCUGGAUUAACACCAGAGAGAAACCAGACUCUCACUCUGACAGCGGGAAGAGUCCUUCAGAGAAUCCAGACCCAGAUAUUCCCAAACCAGCGACAAGACACAACUGCUCCCAGUGUGGAAAGAGUUUUAAGUGGUUAUGUAAGCUCAAAGAGCAUGUGAGAACACACACAGGAGAAAAGCUCUUCCAAUGCUCCCAUUGUGAAAAGAGAUUUAACCAGUCAUCACUUCUGAAAGAGCAUGAGAAAAUACACACAGGAGAGAAGCCUUUCCAAUGUUCUCAGUGUGGAAAGGGUUUUACAUGGUUAAGGCACCUGAAAGAGCAUGAGAGGAUACACACAGGAGAGAAGCCUUUCCAUUGCUCCCAGUGUGGAAAGCGUUAUACCCGAUUAGCACACCUAAAAAUACAUGAGAGAAUACACUCUGGAGUAAAGGCUUACCUCUGUUCCCAGUGUGGAAAGAAUUUUAGGUGGUUAGAGAACCUGAAGCAGCAUGAAAGGACACACACGGGGGAGAAGCCUUACCAUUGUUCUCAGUGUGGAAAGGAUUUUACCACAUUAGGGAACGUAAAAGAGCAUAAGAAGAAACACACAGGAGAAAAACCUUUACAAUGUUCCCAGUGUGGAAAGAGAUUUACACAUUUAGGAAAUCUAAAAAGGCAUGAAGGAAUACACACAGGAGAAAAACUCUACCACUGCUCUCAGUGUGYAAAGAGUUUUACCCAGUUAGGGUAUUUGAAAAAACAUGAGAAAAUACACUCUGAAGAGAAGCCUUAUCCCUGUUCCCACUGUGGAAAGAGUUUUAGGUGGUUAGGGGACCUGAAAGAGCACGAGAGGACGCACACAGGGGAGAAACCUUACCAUUGCUCCUUGUGCGGAAAGGAUUUUACRAAGUUAGGGAAUCUAAAAGAGCAUAAGAAGAAACACACAGGAGAAAAGCCCUACCAAUGCUCCCUGUGUGAYAAGACUUUUACGCAGUUAGGGGGCCUGAAAUAUCACGAGGGCACACACACAGAAAAAAAGACCUACCACUGCUCUCAGUGUCAAAAGACAUUUACCCGAUUAGGGAACCUGAAAAAGCAUGAGAGAAUACACACACRCAGGUGAGGAUAAGACCGUCCACUGCUCCCAGUGUAGAWAGAGUUUAGGUCAGUUAGGGAACCUGAAAGAGCAUGAAACACACAUACAGCAGAGAAGCCUUACUGCUGCUCUAAUUARGGAAAMACAUUUUCCAGGUCAGAGGGCCUGAAAUCACAUGACAGAAUAGUGUUCUGAAAUGUGUGUUUUGUUUAUACUGAAAUCAUGUUUAUAUGAAGUCAUGUUUUGAUUAUGACAUGUUUUGAUUCUGAUUCUGAUUGAUGGAACCCUUAGAUGUUCAUAAUUGUAUUCCAAUUGUUCAUUAUAUAUUUUGGGGCUCCCGAGUGGUGCAUUGGUCUGAGGCACUACAUCUCAGUGCUUGAGGCGUGCACUACAGA